GUCCCCUGCUUCCCCCUAUCUGCCGCCUAUAAGAGUAGCUGAGCUGCUCCACACAGUCAUCCACAGUCAUGGAGGGGAGAAGUGCACUGUUGCUGGGGCUGCUCUCUGCACUUUGGAUUGCAGUGGCUAUGCAAGAUUCGGAUAUCCCAAGUCAGUUGUCUCAAUUUUGUGGCAUGAGUGACUGUCCGAAGUACCAGCUGCUAAAACAAUAUGAUAACUUUCAGCAUCGUCAGUAUGAAGAAACCCGUUGGGUGACAACCGCACUAGAACAAGACGUGAUGGGCACAGAGACAGCAAGAAGCUUCAGACGUCUGCUUAAUUAUAUCCAGGGGGCAAACACUGAAGGAAAGAGUAUUAAUAUGACUUUACCUGUGGUGAUGUAUAUUCCAUUAAAAGAACCACCCACAGUUAAUUCCAAAAUGUCCUUCUUUGUGCCGCAUGAAGUGGAGAAUCCUCCAACACCUACAGACCCUGAGGUUUACCUUGAGACUCUUUCUGCAUUUUCUGCAUAUGUAAAAGAUGAAACAUGGGUAGAGGAAGUCAUGGGACGCUUUGUUAAAGGAAGAGGAAGGACAGACGUCGAUCAGAUGCGACUUCGCCUGGCUUUUGGAGGAUAUGCCAUAAACAAUAUAUAUGCCAAUAAGGCUAGGAAACUAGCAGAAAAGCUGAGGGCCCUUGGUCUUCAGUUCGAUGAUACAUAUUACGUACGUGCCGGCUACAACGAUCUUUUUGCAUUAUUCAACCGCCACGGUGAAGUGUGGUACAUGGCAAAGUAAACUCAUUUCAGCAGUGGGGACUCUUUUUGCCGCCUCUUUUUGCCGCCUCUUUUUGGCCCAUGCCUUCUGUUGUAAUAUUUACUAGCGAGGUAGAUCCCAUGAUUUUUUUUCUGCUCAGAAACUAACUGGGGAAAAAGUUCUCUUUUGGCUCCUGGAGAACACCUUUCGGUGAGGGCCAAAGAUUGCCAUGUCUUAUAGGGGUGUGAAUCGCCAAGAAUUUGGCGAUUCGAUUCGAAUCGCGAUACCAGUGUGGCGAUUCAAUAUAUCCCGAUAUAUCGCGAUACCGUCUAGGCGACGAUACAUCGCGAUAUAUCCCGAUACAUCGCCCAUCUGGGAGCAUUCAUAGAUCCCAAUAGAUCUAGUAGUCCGGUGCUCAC